CAAGAAAAUUCAGUUUGUACUGUCAUAAUUUUGGCAAACAUGUCCUGUAUGCAAGAAGCGUAUCAAAAUCAAGUGCAAAAACAGUCUGGUAUCCAUUUGGGUGAAAGAGAGGAGAUUGAUAAGACAGAGCAAAAUCUGAGCAUUUCGAAAAUGUUGAACAAGAUCAUAUUAGGAGGAUUGGCACUCGUGUGUCUGGUGAAUAUCGCAGGUUCUGCACCAGUUGACGAAUAUGGGGAGAAUCUCGAUGACAUUGAAUCGGUCCUUGAGACUGAAGACCGUGAGGUGAACGAGGAUGAAUUGGAAUUUGAGAUAAGGGGUACUGCAUGGCGCUUUUUCAAGGCAAAAGAGUCUUUUAAAGCCACCAAAUCAGGGGACCUCAAGUUCAAGAAGAAUGCAGCAAUUUUGCUCCAACUGGAUUAUCUCCCUAGAAAAAACAUGAAAGUAAAAGGCUAUAAAAGGAUUAACAAUGGUAAGAAAUGGAUCAGUGGUAAAGUUAACACCAAAUAUUUGAACUACUAUGGGAAGAGUAUUAUGGAAAGAAAAUACAGCGAACCAAGUAACGGAAAGAUUAAGCUACUUGCCUAAUUCAUCCAGCUGCGUCGAACAGAUGUGUUAUCUAAGAAACAUAACUCAUUGAACUGAGGAAAAAACAGAUUAAGCUACCGACUAAUUUUUCCAGCUGUAUUAAAUAUAAUAUGUAAUAGAAACUCAUUCAACAAACCAAAGGACAGAUAAAUUGAGCUAGGUCUUAAUUUAUUCAGUUGUGCUCAAUGUUGAUUUCACUUCAUUUUUCACCAAUAAUGUUAUGUAAAUCGUUAAAAUUAUUAAAAACUAUCAACUGGAAAAAAACUUUAUUUGGUUGGUAUAUCAUAGAACUUAAUUAAUUUGAAUUGAAAAAUUUCCACUUACUCAGUAACACAUCAGUUUUCUGUAAUUUAAUUACUUGGAGAAAUAAAUGACCAUAUGAAAAUGUGUAUUAACUAUAGUUCAUAGUUUGUAUUUCAGAAGUUAAAAGUGUGUAUUUCAAAGCUAAUAACAGUAUUGAGUAUUUCAGGAGUGAAAAGAGAGUAUUACAGAAGUUAGUAACUGCAUAUUUCAGGAGUUUAUAAUAAGGGUGUAUUGCAGAAGUUCUUGACUGCAUAAUUCAGAAAUCAAAAGCAUGUUUUUCAGAAGUUAAAAAAACAAUGCUGAGAAAGCUAACUCUAAGUGCUCAUGACCCCUUCCCC